AGUUUACCCUAUCGACCUUUGUACAUGUACAUUUGUACAUGUUCGUUUACCUUUGACCUUAGCUCUGGCUAACAGACGAAGUCAGUCUGCGCCCCCUCUGCCAUUGCUAACAUAACAUAACAUUCAACAUGCCGUACGCACUGGUCCGCGCGAACUUCGAUGUUCCUGAUGAAUUUGACAGUAAGAUGUCCAAGUUCAUGUCGGAACAGUUUAAGAAGCAUGAAGGAUUCCUCUGUGUAGAUGUCCAGGUCAACAAGCGGAGUCUCCGAAGCGGGACGACAGAGAAGUUUGUGUACUGUGACCUGCGCGUGUCGGACACUAUGCUGACCAACGAGAGCGACAAGACCAGAUGGUUCAAGGCGUUCAGCGACUUCAUCGUCCAGGAGCUUGCCGUGGAACCCUUGAGAUGUAUUGUAAUGUACCAACCGACAACCGCGGACUGUGAAGCGAUUGAGGGAAAGUUGGUGACACAGUGGACCCCUCCUUCUGACUGGUACGGUCUGUAGGAUCACGUCAUCAACGGUCCAGCGACUGGUGGUGGAAUAUAAAAUGUCUGAUAACUGAUUACUUCAGGACUUGUACUACCUUUUGAAUAAAAGUUGUGAUUUGAAUGCC